CUUUAGCCUCGCUUGGUAUCAUCAAUUAUUCAGUCACUGAUUUUAUGUAAUUGUGUUAUACUGCCAUAUCAUAACAUCGUUAGCGUAUACAAGUUAGGUGUCUCAUGUGGAGACAAGUGAGAUGCUGAAAACUGCAAAAUGCGUUCCAAUUCAUACUACGUUGUUGAACUUCCAGGAUUCUAAUCCUCACUUACAGUUUCUAGUCAUGAAGUGUUGUUGGUGGAUUAUUUGUACGGCAGUCUCUCUUUCAGUAACGGGGCACGGUCAAGUAAGAUCUAUCUACUCGAUGGAUUAUUUCAUUGAAUUGGUUGAAAAGGUCGAACGUCAUCCUAAGGCCAGCAGCCAAAGUCUUGAAACAAUUGUAAACUCCGUACGUGCUUUAGCGUAUAAGGAUGAUCUAUGGAACACAUUACUUGGACCUGCACAGUCCCUUGCAAAGCAAGCUCUGUCAUUAAAGGAACAACAAGACCUUACAGCCAUGUUACGUCAUCGUUACUUUGGACCAAUAGAAGCAGGGGUUGUACGCACCCCUAAUAAUUACACUGUAGCUAUGGGUCACGUGAUCGUGGGGAUUUGUGCCGGGACUAGACGCAAUACAAGAAUGUCUCUCGGAGGUUGGGUAUCUCAACCUGGGGAUCCUGUGGAUAAUCUCUUUGCUGCUACAAUCGCUGGUACCAUCGUACGUACUGGACUGGAGAAUAUGAAUGACCCUUCAAAGGUACCUUUUGGACCAGGRGGCUCUUGGAAACCUAAUGAUUUUUGCCCUGAAUACUAUCUGAAAAAAGCAGGAGCGUUCUCAAGUGCAAGUGAUGCGCAGCUUCUUGGUGACAUUGAUGGGUUUAUUUUAGGGUCCGCAAUAAAAUUGUGGGUYAGAAAAGGUGUUCGCCUUGGGCAGCUUCUACGAAUGUAUUACUCGUCAGGGAUAUCUUAUGACACCAGCUACGCCUACUGUAAUCGAGCAUUAAAGAUCAAUGAAUUGCUGAACAAAAACACACUCUUUGGACAAGUUGUGGUUUUUGGUUUUCCCUUCUUCCAUAAAAACAAAGCAAAAUAUACAAACCUGAAAAACACUGAUGUUAUUAGAUUAGCAAAGAAGCUAGUAAAAAAAGGAGAGUUCUUUUCUUAUGUAGAUUUGCUUUUGGAAAAAAUAACUUGCAACCAUGAAGGACUUGAUCGGCAACAUCAGCACUGCGAACUUCCAGCAAACCUGGUAUUCAUAAUGGAUGAAUCAGGAAGCAUAGCAAAACACAAUUAUGAAAUGGAAAAGGCCUUUGUCAAUGAAGUAAUCGAUUCUUUCCAUGUAUCCCAUUACCAAACUCGAAUAGCAGUCGUGGAGUACUCGGAUGUUCCAAUCCUUUCUAUCAAACUUGAUGAGUAUGGAUCUAMGACAAGACUACAGUGUGCUGUGAAAGCGUUCUCUCACAAAGGAGGUCCAACACAUACCGGUAAAGCGAUUCAGAUGGUCAAUAAACGAGUGCUCUUGCCAGAACAAAAAACUGAGCUAAGUCAAGGAAGUACAAAACCACAAAUAGUGGUUUUAUUGACUGAUGGGAAAUCAAACGAUCCUGAUGGCAACUCUCUUAAAAGUGCUGUCACUCAUAUCARACAAGACAUAAAAGACUUGACAAUGAUAGCAGUUGGAAUUGGUAAUUAUGAUAUCGACGAGUUGAGGUUCAUAGCCAGUGAUCGUAGUAAACACGUGUUUGAGGUAUCCAACUUUAAAGGACUGAUAAAACUUGUGACAUCCCUCAAGAAUAGCACAUGUACAACCCCAGUCAUUGUCAACAUUGAUUUUCAUCCAGAGGCUAAUGAGACGGUAAUAUCAGCGUAUGUCUCUCCGUCCAAACCCCGCUACUUUGUUGUACCACAUGAACGCUUUGAAGGACUCACACAGCUUUAUAUCAAAAUUACACCCAUAUAUGGAACAAUAGCUUUGUAUGCGUCACGUGACGUGCAUACACCAGGACCUCAUGACUACACCUAUAAAAUGGAUCCCCUUGAUGUCGGGGAGAACAUGCUUUUCUAUCUUGCDGACCCAUGUGGAGGGUCUAAUUCUACUAAUACGACCUGCCCUGAUCUGUAUCUUGCCAUUUAUGGUGACGUCUCGACGCUUUCCUGCUCAGAAGUGUCAUGUACUCUUCCAAAUCAAAUCAAAUUUACCAUUAGGAGAGGCUCAAGUGGUGAAACUUACUCCGCCUCGCGGUCUUGUCAUCCCAAAUCAACUAUUUCCUACAUCAUUAUGCUCUUCUAUAUUUGGGCAUAUAAUGUCAUCGCUAUCUAAUCUAAUCUAGUCUAAAGCACGUAUACACCCUUUUAAUAAGUCCCGAGGUAUUGUUUUCUCCGCACUUGACGUCAAAUUUAUUCUUGAAAUUUUUAUAAUACAAAAGAAAUUCAAAAGAAUAAAUUUGACGUCAAGUGCGGAGAACGUAAUACCUCGGGACUUAUUAAAAGGGUGUAUAGACUUAUCAAAUCAAGGGACAUGUAUACCUUUUUCUUAGUUUAACAAUUUAGAUUUACAAAACCAUUGUCACGGUUACGAGCUUGAUUGAUUAUGAUUAAAAUGAAAUUCCAACCUC